UAUAAAAGUCGGGCGCUGGGACAAAGAGUUAAACACUCCAAGCUCCCAAACCCGUUUCCGUACGUCAGCCGGGCGGAAAUUCAUUCAGCACCAUGGUCAGCGACCGGCUUCUGCUUGCCGUCUACUUUUCCGCCUUACUCACCACGGCUAUUGGCACCGAGAACUCUGAUGUGGAGACAAGAGCCCUGCGAGAUUUCUACUCAAAAAAUUCUUAUCCUUCCAGCGAAAAGGAACUGCUCGGAGCCCUGCACGAGGUGCUGAAGAAACUACAGACCAAACGGCUUCCAACCUGGGAGAAGAAGUAUGGACAAGGGCCACAGUGUUACAUUGGGGAUGUGUGCGCAGUGAGAAAAGGACCCAGGAUUUGGAGAACCUGUAACUGCCAGAACUCUAAAUGUAACUACUUUCUCUUCAAAUGCGUGUAGAGAUCUGACAAAAUAAAAUCAUUUCUAUUUUCAAUGGCUAAGUGAAGAAAAUUAAUAUGUUGGACAUAUUAUAAAUAAAAAUGUUACUAUCCCACUACAUAAAACUGUUCCUGUACAAUUGCUCUGUUCUGUAUGUAUGUUUCAGUGUCAUUUGAAAAGAUACAAGCUAUUAUUAAAUCUGCUAUCCUAUUUCUUCUAAAGCACUUUGUGUAGUGUCAAGAUUUCAAUGUUUUGGUAUUGAACUAGGCAGUCUUGGUACAAGCCAGAGUGUUACAGGUUUCAAUACAAUUUUUGUUUGUUCAAACGUAAGAAAUGUUUUUAUAUGAGUAUAUCUGCCAUGCUGUUUAAACC